AUGCGACAUCUGGUUGACAGGUGCUCUACGUUGUUAUGGGUCAAGCAAGCGCACGAAUGGUACCCAUUUGUUUGGGCUGAAGAUCUGGGCUCUUCUCCAGCUCGCGCUGCCUACCAGCACGCCAUGGCAGACAUCGUUAUCCAUGAGCUCCCUGACUCUGGCCGCACGCUCUUCGCCGUGGUCUGCGACGAUCACAAGGGCCGUCUCUUCCAGCAUUGGUGGCAGUUGGCAGAGGAGGCAGCAGUCCUGCAAGCGCAGGGCGACGUGGAUCUGAAGGAAUGGCAGUUGGAUCACGCGGACGGCUGUCCCGAGGAGCUCCUCAGUGGCCUUCGUGCUAUCGACAGCGCGGCAGGAGAUGCAUGGCGCCUCUUCACUUUGGCCACGGUCUUACGGGGGCCGUGCAAGAACCUCUGCGCCGUCGGGAUCGGCACUAACCAGGCGAAGCUGAAGCGCGCUUCCUUUCUCGCCCUGGCUUUUACCGCGGUGCGGCAGCGCUCAGCCGCCCCCACUUGGAAUCCGAUGCUACAGGAAUUGGCGACGGCUCACGUGAGCCCAGUGCGUCCUUCCGCCCGACUGCCACCCUCGCAGCCGCCGACGACAACGGCGUCUCCAGAGGCGAAGCCCGCCUCGGGCGCUUCGGCGCCGCCGCCGCCACCACCGCCGCCAACAGCGCCUCCUGAGACGGCACUUGCCUUGGACAUUUUGGCGCCGCCGCCGCCGCCGCCGCCGCCACCGCCGCCGACGUUGCCGCCCGGGGCAGCAACCGCCUCAGGCCCUUCGGCGCCGCCGCGGCCACCGGCGCUGCCAUUAGUACCUGCCUCUCCUGAGGCGGCACCCGCCUCGGGCUGUAGCCCGCGCACUUGGCUCGGAGAUCGUCUUGCCAACCCGCGCGCGCCCAAGGCUGGGCAAGCGGACGCCCCGCCGCGCCAGCAGCGCUCGGGGGCGCCACCUUGCUCUGGCGUCGACAACGAAGGCAGGCAAUACGACUUGUUGCGCGUUGUCGUGAACUUUGUCAAUGUAGGUAUGACAUACGGGGGUAAGUUUCCGAAGUCCAGGCGGAACUCCUCCGGAAAGACUGAAUUUCAUUGGGAGGGUGUCCGGCGGUGCGUGAACCAUUUGGCAGACCAGCAGAAGUUCCAGGUGAUUGGCGUGAUAUUCAUUUGCCUGAGAAUUGGAAAGGACUAG